UUUUUUUUUUUUUUUUUUUUCUCCUCGUUGCGUUUUGUGACGCAGGCGAUAACACGUCACCCUUUAUCGCGCUGUCUUUCUCUCUCGCUCUUUAAUCUCCUCGUAUAUUUUUUCCUACUCCCCCCCCCCGCCAGCAACGAGGACAACAAAUUUCACCUUCGAACGACUCAUACGACGAUACGACUCUAACGAAUCGUUAUUUCACUGGUGUGUUCACUGGCACUCGUGAACGACACACAUUUAAAAUAAUAAAUUUAUAAUUUAUUAUUUUUUAAAAAGAAAAUAAAAAUAUAAAUAAAAAAACCAUUUAUACACCGUUAUAUCUGAUGAAAGUAUUUCAUGCACGCGAUGACAACCCAACUGGCCAGAACAUAACCGCGACAAAAAAAUCCAUAAGGUUUUUCAUUUAAAAAAAAAAAUAUAUAAAUCCUAUAUUAAUACAGCUUAAAUUUAUUUUAAAAAAAUUUAUAUAUAUUUAAAAAAAUAUAAUUUAUAAUAGCAAAUAAAUAAAUAAAUAAAAAUAUAAAAAAAUAAAUAAAUAAAUAAUUAUUUUUUUUUAAAAAAAAAUUAAAAAAGUGCAUCCAGAUAAAUAAUAAAAAAUGGCGUCUUAUUGUGGUAGAAAUAAUUUAGUCAUCACCACGAUAUUUUUCGACCUGGACAAUACCCUCAUCGAGACAAGGAAAGGCGAUAAUUUGGCAUGUAAAAAGUUAACCGAGGAACUGAUGCAGCUUUAUCAAGUUGAUAGUGAUACAUCAACAAAAAUAACAUCAACAUACUUGAAGCAGUUCAGAAAAUGUCCUGAUAAUUCAGCUUAUGAUCUUGAUACAUGGCGUACAACAUUAUGGUCAAAGGCACUUGGUGAUAAAUAUUCAUAUUUAUCAAAAAAAAUAUAUGAAAGAUGGCUAUAUCUACGUUAUCAUUAUCUUGGAUUAACAAUUGAAACUAAAAAUAUGUUAAUAGAAUUGAGAAAAAAAUAUUUAAUUGGUUUAAUAUCAAAUGGACCAUCAAAAGCACAAUGGGAAAAAAUAAAUCAACUUAAUUUAUCUAAUUAUUUUGAUGUUAUACUUGUGUCUGGUGAUUUACCAUGGGAAAAACCAGAACCAAAAAUUUUUUAUGAAGCUUGUCGAUUAAUUGGUUCAUUACCACAUAAUUGUAUUAUGGUUGGUGAUAAAUUGGAGACUGAUAUAUUGGGUGGAAUUGAAGCUGGACUUGCUGGAACAGUUUGGUUACCAAUAAGUGAUAAAACUCGUUUAACACCUGAUGAUCCAAAACCGGGUUAUACAAUAAAACGUAUAACUGAUUUAAUGACAUUUUUAAAACGACGUCCAGAUGGUCCAGAACUUGAAGAUUCAUGUUCAAAUGCAUCUGAUGGUAGCUGAGAAAUAAAUUUAUGGUCAUCAUCAACAGUAUUUAAUAAAUAUCAAAAGUAUUUAAGCUACAUGAUUCAAUUUAUUUCGACUCAAUCAUUAUGCUGUUGAUGAUCAAGACCAAAAUUAUAAAAACAUUACACUUUUUCCUUUUUUAAACUAGAAUAAAUAGCCUUUUUUUUUUUUUUCAUUUUUUAAUAGUUCUAAUUCUUUUUUUUAUAUCAAAUGAUAUUAACAUUCAUGUGAUUUUUCUUUUCUCUCUCUGUUUUUCUAUUAUUUUUUUUAAAAAUACAUUCUUCUUUUGUAUGUGUGAAAAAAAAAUUCGUAUGAAUUGAUGAUUAAUUUUGAUGAUUAACGAGCUGAAUAAUGUGUGUGGUUUAUUAAGCUAAGAUUUUAAUAUAUUGAUAAUUAAUUUUAAUUAACAUUUUUUGUUUUGUUUCGGUAGACAAUUGAUAGCUCAAACAGUGACAGCUAGAACACAAAUGGUAAUUAUUAUUAUCUAUUUUUUUUUUCCAUAAGAAAAAAAAUAAUUGCACAAAAAUUA